ACUUUGUCUCUCGUAAUAUUGUGUCUUUAUGUUUAGAAAAUAACGUCUCUUUCCACAUAUUGACUUUAAAAAUGCAACUUUUGUAAAAGUGUACCUCUUGUAGUUUAUUAUUAUUUUUUACGAGUGUGCCUCUUCAAGCAAAGUAAAGUUGAACAGCUAAGCUAAUGCCUGCAUUGUCGUCAGCGUAAACGAUUGACACGUGAGCUCUUAUUACUGUUAUUAUUAUGGUGAUAAUGACAUCAUAAAGCUGAUUUGAGUACAAGACGAAUGGAUUACUUUGGCAAACAUCAUGCGAGGGAAAAGUGGCACACGGCUCGCCAUCCCCGAAGCCCCCCCAAUGCCCCCAAUGCCCAAUCUCUCAUUGUGGCUAAUUGGACUUAACCCCCUUUAAAUCGCCCAGUGACCCCCUUUUUUCACGCCCGGCACAUCUGCACGACACCGUUAAAGGGAGAGCUGAUGUAUGAGAAAUGUUGCAAACUAUGUGACGACAUUUUUGUCAUCCCCCCCCCCCCCCAAAAGCCACUUUUAGUUUGAGAUUGAUCGAUUCUUUCGCGUCAACUGCCCUUCUAUCCCCUCACUCGACCCAAAAAAGUGGCACACUCCGACGCAUAUGGCGCCGGCCCGCCAACAUGUGUUCACGUUGAUUGAAUAAUGCUCUGGCGUUCGACUCGUGCUAGCAUGCGCGCUUUAAUCCGCAAGCGUUGACGGAAAAGCGCGGCUUAGCUCGCCAUUUUAGCAAUAUUAGGGAACAGACAAAAGUGAUUAGCGUGGCGGCAGAUCCGAGCUCUACUUGUCUACCUCGCGAUCUAUAUCUGACUAUAAAGUAUAUCAUUAUAUAUUUUCAUAAAAUGACGACAUCCUCGUAGUUUGUGACCUUUUUCGUACAUUUACUGCUUUCUUCGUGAAAUUGCAUCGUCUCGCAAAAAUGACGCCUUUUACGUAACAUUUUGACCGUCGAAACAUUCAAAACUUUUUGGUCGUAACAAUUGCGAUUUUUAAAAAAAAAAAAUUUUAUGCUAACUGAAUUUUCGUGAAAUUAUCUUACAUUGUGGCUUUUUUUAAACUCGCUACUUUUUUCCAACAUUGCAACUUGACUUUCUUAAAAGUACUUAGUUUGUUGUAACUUUAACUUAUUUUCAUUCAAAUGAUGACUUUCUUACAACAUUGUGGCUUUGUUUUUGUCGCACCUUUGUCGUUCCCCCCCGUCAAAGGAUUAUGUCGAAACAGUCCAACUUUUUCGCGUAACAUUGCAAAUUUCUUUUCGUAAAACGACCACUUUCUUGUGCUGUUGUGACUUUUUUUUUGUUUUUUUGCAAAUUUGCAUCUUUUUUUCAUAGAAUGACAACUUUUGAGCAAAAUGAAGCCUUUUUCGUGAAAUGAUGACUUUGUGGAAAGAUUACAACCUUUUUCCUCGUAAACAUUGCAAACGUAUUUCUUCAAACGACGACUUCCUCAUGGCACCGUCUUGCAAAAUGCCAACUUUUAGGUAAAAUUAUGAAAGAUUUGCAACUUUUUGGUCAUAACGUUGCACAUUGUUUUAAUGGUAACGUUGAGAAUUUUCUUAAAAUGUCGAAUAUCUUACAUUGUGAAUUGAUUUUUUUCCACAUUUGGACUUUUUCCACAUUGCUCCUUUUUUUGCGACUUGACUUUCUUAAAACGUUGCGAAUUGAUUUUCAUGAAACGACCGCUGACUAUUUUUGGCAAAGGUGCAUGUUUUUUUCAUAGGAUGACAACUUUUGAGCAAAAUGAAGGCGUUUUUGUCAAAUGAUGACUUUGUGGAAAGAUUGCAGCUUUUUUCCCCCUCGUAAACAUUGCAAAUUUAUUUUCAUAAAACGACCACUUUCAUGUGCUGUUGUGACUUUUUUUUUCCCUCUCCCUUCUUUAUAGAAUUGCAAUUUUUUUUUUUUUCCUGGCAAAUACUGCAAAACGUAUGUUCUCAAACGUGAAUUUACUUUGACGGGAAAUGCGAAAGUAGUUUGCGGCCACCGUUGCCAGGGCGACCGUCUCCGCGCGUCCGUCCUAUCAGGACCGCGAGCGGGGGUCCCGCCCCCUCCUCUCAAAGCGGGCCCCUCGGAGCCGCGCGGCCCCACACCGCCCGGCCGCGUCCCUUCCACAUGGUGUUCAGGUCGCCUCUCGACUUGCUCUCGGCUUCUCGCCUCCUCCUGCGUCCGCAGGCGGACGGCGAGCGCCCGGCCGCGCCCGCGCCCGCGCCGGGCCUGUGCUUCUCGGCGUCGCAGAUCGCCGGCGUGUGCGAGACGCUGGAGGAGACGGGCGACGUGGAGCGCCUGGCCCGCUUCCUGUGGUCCCUCCCGGCGGCCUCCGGCGCCCGCGACUCCGUCUGGGAGCACGAGUCGGUGCGACGCGCCCGCGCCGUGGUGGCCUACCACAGCGGCAGCUUCCGCGAGCUCUACCGCAUCGUGGAGACGCACCGCUUCACGCGCGCCUCCCACGGCAAGCUGCAGGCCAUGUGGCUGGAGGCGCACUACCGCGAGGCGGAGAAGCUGCGCGGCCGGCCGCUGGGCCCCGUGGACAAGUACCGGGUCCGCAAGAAGUUCCCCCUGCCCAGCACCAUCUGGGACGGCGAGCAGAAGACGCACUGCUUCAAGGAGCGCACGCGCGGCCUGCUGCGCGAGUGGUACCUGCGGGAUCCCUACCCGAACCCCGGCAAGAAGCGGGAGCUGGCGCACGCCACCGGGCUCACGCCGACCCAGGUUGCUGCACCACCGGUUGUGUUCCGAGGACAUCCAGCAUCCCCUGGGCGGAGGAGCGUGCAGUCCGGACGUCAACCACGCGGACCGAGUCGACGGCCAAACUCUCCUCUCGGUGACGGACAGUGACUCGGACCUGGAGGUGUGACUCUUUAUUGAUUUGAUGCCUAUCAAUAAUAUUGGAAAAACAUUCAGACUAGAUUGUGGUGGUCCCAACCUGCGGCGGAAGGUCAGCAAUAACUCUCCCUGGACCCUCGCACACAGAUUCUAUGCAGCUUGUUUUAUUUUUGCAUUGACAUGUUCCCCUGCGAGAAUCCAUAUUUCAUUUUU